AAGUGCAUGUCAUCUCUAUGUAUAUAAGAUCUCUAUGGUAUAAGUAGUAUAAGUAGUAUAAGUAUAAGUAGUAUAUAUAGUAUAAGUAGUAUAAGUAGUAUAUAAAGUAUUUUUUUAUAACAUAUUUUCAUAAUUUCUUUUGAGCCGAAAGUUGGUGACUCCAUGGAAGUCGACCUGAGUCCCUGGACCCUGGCCCUCAAUUGCAAUACCCCAGCACUCUCCAGCCCCGUGGACGCAGAUUGUUCGUUCUUCGUAGGUCGAAUUUCGAAAUGCGUAUAACUUAAGACGGAAAAAGCUUGAACCGUUCACGUUGUGAAAUAUGUGCUGCGCAGCUCCGAACAGUGCAGGCGCGGGAACUACUUUCAGACUGGGAGGGGGGGGGGGCACACUAUAAAAAGAUCAACCAAGGGUACCCCAAUUCUAGUUUUUCUCACUGGUUGUAGGCCACUGAUGUACUUUUCAUCCCUUGGCUUUUUCAAUAAAAAAUAAAACAUUUACAAAAAAGUGCGAUAUUGUGUCUCAAAGUUGUGGGGGUACCUACCGCCCCUGCACAGCCCCAGAAAUCGGGGGGGGGGGCAAGCUGCCCCACUGCCCCCCCCCCCCCCGGUUCCCGCGCCUAUGGCUCCAAACAUCAAUCAGCCCAAAGCGGAGGCAUGCGGAAGAUACAGGGUUGCACAAUCGCCUGCAGUGAAGUGUGAAUCAUUAUCUAAAGCCGCUUAUUCUGAGCUGGCCCAGUGAAGAAGGGAACGGGGAUUCACCCCAUCACCCCAUUCCCCAUCAUCUGCAUCGCUCAGGCUCGCCAGGGAAGUCCCUGAUCGCGGCUUGCUCCUGGUGUGCAACUGCACACACCUGCGCUACCGACCAGUACUUGCACCGCUUCAGCCGGUUGCAAGUGCUCAUUCAUAUUCCUAAUGCACCCGCUCCGGUCCGCUGAACAGGGGCCGCAGUGUGCUCUGGACGCGCCGCGGUGUCGGUAGAACGCGCGUCAGAGCGGUUAGGCGUCGGUGCAGCGAUUGGGGAACUUACUUCAACGUUGUAGAUAUGGCGGUGGGUACCUCGCAGUGGUGGACAAUGGUCGUUUUUACCUCGAGCAUGGUAGUCAGUUGUGGCGCAAUCAGCAUUGGUGUGACGAACUCUUCAGAUUGCCACCCUCCGGAGUUAUCCCGCGCCGAUCUGCUCCAUUGGCUGAGGCAGCACCACCAAUCCUCCAGCCAGUCUGGGACGAACGGGACUCGCAGUGAGUCACAGCACCUCCCCGCUGGCGGCACAGGCUGCUCGCCGGCCACCCUGUGCGACCCGGCCGAUCCCCUGGACGACUGCUACCAUCCUCGGGACGCCUGCGACGGCAUGGCAGACUGCAUCUCCGGCCGGGAUGAGCUGCACUGCGACUCCAGUCUCUGUCCGUUCCGACGCGCUGGCGCCAUCUCUGUGAGCGUCAGUGGAAGCGAGGAGCUCGUUUGGGAUGACGUGAACCUGCGCGGCUGUGCCCGAUUCUGUACUGAAGCGCCGGCAGGGUGUGUGGCGUUCGGCUACAGCGCGGCUGGGAGGCGCUGCCGCGUGUUCCGCAGUGUAAGCGGUCUCGAGGACGCUCCGGGAUGGGUGCUCUACGUCAGGCAGCAGCCGUCUGAGCUGAGCUCGGAGAUGGCUCUGGAAACGCUGUCUGCAGACGGUGCAGGACAGGUGACGUCACCUAGGAGCGCAAACACGGGAGCGACGGCCUCUGGAAGCGCAAACACGGGAGUGGCGUCAUCUGAUAAUCCGGAGAAAAGGCCGACGGCUGCAAGCGGGCGAAGAGAGUUCGCCCAGGUCGUGGCGCUGUCACAGAGCGAUGGAGAACUCAGAGCAAGGCACCGAGCGACCAGAGCCGCCGCCUGCGAGAAUGACAUGUUUGAGUGUCGGACGUUGGGGCCAUCGGAAUGCGUGCCUUACAGCUACGUGUGCAACGGCAAAGAAGAGUGUACCUACGGCUUGGACGAGCCACUGUGCGACAACGUCUUCGCGACUUUUGCUCGCAUUCAGGGAUACUCCAUUGUCUCUUCCAUGCAACUGUCCGGGAUCAGCAAGCACGGAUGUGCAGUUUACUGCGACAGGCACGAGUACGAAUUUCCCAAGUGUGACUCGUUUUCGUAUAACCAAGCGCAGCAGCUGUGUACUGUGGGCUGCGCUUCGUGCGCCGACGCUCCUCGCAUUGUGCGUGACACCAGCGCUGACUAUUACAGGCUUCUUCCUGUGAUCGUCAGAUUAGGGGUGAGGUCGCGAGAAAGUUUCAUAAGUUCCUUGGGUAUCGGAAAUGAAGAACCCGCUCAGAGCCAACCAGACAGCAGUGUCAGCUCUGGACUGAACACUCCUCUGGGCUCGCCAGUCACCAGCUUCACCACAGAGCCGACUGCGAGCGCCGCGACCCCAGUCCGUCCGGGAGCCAGCCCCUCGUCCCUGCUGCCCGCUGACUGCGGGCGCAGACCACUCGACGCCAACCCUGUCUUCGACACGCGCACACGCGUUCUGUCAGCCGGCAGCAGCUCCAGGCGCGUGGUGGGCGGCAAGGUGGUGACCUACGGCACCUACCCGUGGCAGGCGCAGAUCCAGGUCUACAGCAACGCCGGCCACUUUGAGCACCACUGCGGCGGCGUUCUGAUCAGCGAGCGGCUCGUGCUGACGGCGGCGCACUGUCUGCGACCAGCGCUCACUCGACUGCAGGUCAAACUCGGCCAGCACGACCGGCGCGACGCCAGCGAGCAAUUCGAGCAGACGUUCGCCGUGGAGAACGCGCUCAGUCACCCGGGCUACGGAGCGGACCCGGCGCGCGGCGACGCCGACGACAUCGCGGUGCUGAAGCUGCGCCUGCGCCACGGCCGGCCGGUGGUGUUCAGCUCGCACGUGCAGCCGCUGUGUCUGCCGCGCGGGCCGUCGCCGGUCGGCCAAGAGUGCCACAUCUCCGGCUGGGGUAAGACGGACGCGCGUCUGCCGGACGCGGCCAGCUCGGCAGCCGACAUCCUGCACGGAGCCAGCGUUCCGAUCGUAUCGGACAGCGUGUGCGCCGCGCCGGAGCUGUACGGGUCGCGGUUCGUGGCAGAGCGGAUGGUGUGCGCCGGUCACCUGGCCGGCGGCGCCGACACGUGCCAGGGCGACUCGGGCGGCCCGCUGGCCUGCCCGGGCGCCGACGGACGCUGGCAGCUCUCUGGUAUAGUCUCUUUCGGUGUCGGCUGCGGCGACCUGCUGAAGCCGGGGGUGUACACUAGGGUCAGCUACUACGUGCCCUGGAUCGAGAGGGUUGUCCAGCUGCUCUGAAUAGGAUUGCGUCGUUGACUUGCGAUGUGUGUCGGUAUGCCUACUUGUACUUGCAUGUAACGUACGAGUAUGAAAUGCUGAUUGCUGUUCGGCUAUUUAAUGAAUACACCGUUCCUCCAAGAAA